GUGUGGGGAUGACCUCCAUCUCCCAUUUUCUCUGAUGUCAUCACAUUGUGCAGGUGUUGAGGCCAUUUGUCUCUGUGUUUGUACAUUUUUUCUUGUCUUCUUGGUGACGUCCUCCUCCAUAUCUUGUCUCCUUCCCCUGAGCAGGAGUCCGGACGUCCUUUGAGGUCUCUGUAGUUCGCAGUGAUGCUCCGGGACGUCAGUCAGUGAGAUCUCUCAGCAUGUCUGGUAUAGGAGAAGGAGACAUGAAUAUUUAUGAGGUGGGCGUUACCCAAGAAUACGUGGGCGGGCCGGACAGUGACCCCAAAUCUCUAGAAAUGGAGGCUCCAGAAUGAAAAGAAAUGAAUCACUAGGUGAGUGACAAGACCGGUCGUCAGGAGCGGGCGUGACCAGAACUGCUGUGUGCACCUAACCCAGGACGGGCGUGUCACGGGCGGCAGGCUGUGCCUACACUUACCUGUCAUCAGUGCUGGGGAUAGACAUGGAGGGGACACCGGAGGUGAAUGAGGCUGAUCCAGAAACACAGGACUUUAUCUUGCAGCAGACCAUGCUCCGGAUUAAAGAUCCCCAUAAAUCACUAACAUUCUACAGUAAAUGCCUUGGGAUGAAUCUCCUCCUCAAACUGGAUUCCCCCUCCAUGAAGUUCUCACAGUAUGUCCUGGGUUAUGAGGACGGUCAGGAUAUCCCAAAAGACAUGAAGGAGAGGGAGGCCUGGGCCUAUUCCUGCAAAGGGACCGUCGUGCUGACACACAACUGGGGCAGCGAAAACGACGAGAAACCCUUUCAUAACGGCAACACGGACCCCCUGGGCUUCGGUCAUAUUGGUAUCGCUGUCCCCGAUGUCUAUGUUGCUUGUGAGAGGUUUAAGCAGCUUGGAGUCACAUUUGUGAAGAAACCCAAUGAAGGAAAGAUUAAAGGGCUGGCAUUUAUUGAAGACCCCGAUGGCUAUUGGAUUGAGAUCUUCUCUCCUGACAAAAUGGCGUCCAUCAUGACGUGAUCACAGUUUUCACCCUUCUCCUACAUGUCAACGCAUAACUGGUUCAACAAGAUUCACAAUUCAUCACAGCAAAAGUGAAGACACAGUAAAUGAAUGACAGAGACUUCUCUGCUGCCAAAUGAGUCUUCACGCUUCAUCCUCAGGACCCAUGAUCCUUUGUGACUUGCGUCGCAUCCCCUUCAUUGCCUGUACACCAGCAGCGGAUCCUCUAUACUGCAGCCUGUCCUGUUUACUCACAUGUGACCCCGGUGGGGAAGAGACAAUGGCGGUGUCCUCCCUGCUUUAUGAGUCUUUGUUAUGUAUUUAUCUUCUGAGUCAUUUCUGUAUAACAGCUCAUAAAACACGGAAAUAAACAUUAUAAUUGUACCAGAGGUAGGACAUGGCGCUAAAAUACACCAUACAGAAAACGGGCACUAAAAUACACCAUACAG